ACCCAAAAUAUAGAAUUAAAGGAAAAAUUCUCUCUCAUAUUCAUCAAAAUUAAAUAAGAAGAUAAAAUUAAAGCAAUGCAUGGUAAUCAAAGCAAAAUGAUGAGGUGGUUGAUAUGGGCACUUUUCUUCCUCAUAAGUACCCUUUCCGCCUCUUCAUCUUCUCCGGCACCGGCCGCUUUUGUAGGAGUUCAAGACGGACAUUUUCAGCUAAAUGGUUCUCCAUUUUUGUUCAAUGGCUUUAACUCUUACUGGAUGAUGUCCGUCGCUACUGACCCGAACCAACGCAACAAAGUAACCCAAGUCUUUCGUGAUGCCGCCGCUGCCGGCCUCACCGUCUGCCGAACCUGGGCCUUCAACGACGGUGGCUUCCAUGCCCUCCAAAUCUCUCCCGGCGUUUAUGAUGAAUCAGUUUUUCAGGGUCUUGAUUUCGUGAUAUUUGAAGCAAGAAAGUAUGGAAUUAGAAUGAUAUUGAGUUUGGUAAAUAAUUUCAAAGACUACGGCGGAAGAGCAGCGUAUGUCCGGUGGGCCGAAGCCGCCGGCGUUCAAGUUCAUGACGAAGAUGACUUCUACACUAAUCAACUUAUCAAAACAUACUACAAAAACCAUGUUCAGAAAGUAUUGAGCAGAAAGAACACAAUGAAUGGUUUGAUAUAUAUGGAAGAUGCAACCAUUAUGGGAUGGGAACUUAUGAACGAACCACGUUGUCAAGUUGAUUCCUCCGGCAACACUGUCAAUAGAUGGGUAGAGGAGAUGGGAUCAUAUGUGAAAUCAAUUGACAAACAACAUUUGGUGGGGAUUGGAAUGGAAGGAUUCUAUGGAGAUUCAAGUCCAAAUAAAAUCAAAGCCAACCCAGGUAGUUUCAAAUUUGGCACUGAUUUUAUCACCAAUAACCUCAACAAAGCCAUCGACUUUGCAACAAUUCAUGCAUAUCCUGAUGCUUGGCUACCAGGGAAGAGUGAAGGCACCAAAAUGGCAUUCCUUGAAGAAUGGAUAGCACUUCACUGGACGGACUCAAAGACUAUCUUAAAGAAGCCAUUGAUUUUUGAAGAAUUUGGAAAGUCGAUCAGAGACCAAAACCAAACAUCUAGUAGUGUAAGAGACAGAGAUGCCUUCUUGAGUAAGGUUUUUUCAAUUAUCUACAACCUUGCAAGAAAUGGAGCAACCAUGGCUGGAGGUCUGGUCUGGCAAGUUAUGGCUGAAGGAAUGGAGUCGUAUUACGAUGGAUAUGAGAUCGUUCUUUCCCAGACUCCUUCAACAACCGCCAUUAUAACACAUCAGUCAAACAAUAUGGCUGCACUAAAUACUAGAACUCAACACCACCUCUGAGAUACUAAAGACUCUUGUUCAUACUGUAAUAAUAAGAUGAGGUUAAGUAAAAGUUGAACCACUAUAGAUUAGAUUACCCUGGUCGUUUAUGGGUUCAGAGUAAUGGCAAAUGAUAGAUUUCCCAGUGUAUGUCCAAGUACUAGGUACUUUUGCAGUCCGAGUUGAAUUAAAUCAACCCAAAAUUUUUAUAAAAUCUUUGUUUUUCCUUGUGUUAUGACAAUUCAUGCAGGUCUCUUCAAGUAUAUGGCUUAACAACUCUUUUAUGCUACUAAUUCUUGAAAAAGGAGAGAAGGGACAAGAGGGAUGGAAGGGAUGGAAGGGAUGGAAGGGAUCGAAGUGACAGGGAGAGAUGGAGAGAGCUUAAAGGAAGGUAUUUAAGUUAAACAUCUGAUGACAGGAACUAAAAGCUACAUUUUCAUAAACUGCAUACUAUAUGUGUUGUGGAUGAUCUAUAUAGUAAAGAACUUUUUGAAACCAAUAA